ACGUCUACCGGAAGUAUCCAACAUGGCGUCGCAAUACUACCUGGACAUGCAGGAGAGCUUUAGGAACAACAGCAAAAGCCGCGAGUUCCCGGCGCACAGCGCCAAGGUGCACUCGGUGGCGUGGAGCUGCGAUGGCAGGAGGCUCGCGUCGGGCUCCUUCGACAAGACAGCCAGCGUGUUCGUCUUGGAGAAAGACCGCCUGGUGAAAGAGAACAACUACCGUGGCCAUGGAGACAGCGUGGACCAGCUGUGCUGGCAUCCCAGCAACCCGGACCUGUUCGUCACAGCAUCGGGGGACAAGACCAUCCGCAUCUGGGAUGUCCGAACCACAAAGUGCAUCGCCACGGUCAACACGAAAGGGGAGAAUAUAAACAUAUGCUGGAGUCCAGACGGACAGACGAUUGCGGUGGGGAACAAAGACGACGUAGUGACAUUCAUUGAUGCCAAAACGCACCGUUCGCGAGCCGAAGAGCAGUUCAAGUUCGAGGUGAACGAGAUCUCCUGGAACAACGACAAUGACAUGUUCUUCCUGACCAACGGCAACGGCUGCAUAAAUGUAUUGAGCUACCCGGAGCUGAAACCCAUCCAGUCCAUCAACGCCCACCCGUCCAACUGCAUUUGUAUCAAGUUUGACCCCACGGGGAAAUACUUCGCCACGGGCAGCGCCGAUGCCCUCGUCAGCCUGUGGGACGUGGAGGAACUGGUGUGUGUGCGCUGCUUCUCCAGGUUGGACUGGCCGGUCCGGACCCUGAGCUUCAGUCACGACGGCAAAAUGCUGGCUUCAGCUUCUGAGGACCACUUCAUCGACAUUGCCGAGGUGGAGACCGGAGAAAAACUAUGGGAGGUACAGUGCGAGUCGCCGACAUUUACAGUGGCAUGGCACCCCAAGCGCCCCCUGCUGGCGUACGCGUGCGAUGACAAGGAUGGGAAAUACGACAGCAACCGAGAGGCGGGUACUGUGAAGCUCUUUGGCUUGCCCAAUGACUCAUGAGGGGGCGUGGCUUCAGGACACAUGGUGCUCUCCUUUCAUGGCCGAGUACGGCCUGUGGACAGCUCUGGACUCUCAGUAGGACCCAAACUCUGAUAUCUCGCGUUCUACCCAGGGUUUUACUGCACUUCCCCAUGGACCAGGCUUCUUCAGUGUGGUGUGUGUUGUUUUUGUUUGGGAUGGUGAAAUUGUGAUCAGUCUAUUGCCACUUUUCUGCCUCAUGGUGUACGACUUUCCUGAGUAGUUGGACAUGGAUGAACAGUGAUUCCCUUUCGCUGCUCCUGAGUUCAGCGACCCGCUGCAAUUAAAGUGUGUUUAUCAUAGAAAAAUCACAGCAUUUCCCGGUCGGCGAAGAGUUGAUCCCUCCCCAGCAAGUUGUGUGACACUGAGAAAUGGCAACUGCAUCGCAGCGUGUGAGGGCACUGGUGCACAGAGGUUGCUUUUCUCCUUUAUGCCACCAGGGGGCGUGCCAGGUUUCCCUUGUGCACAGUAAUGUGUAUUUUGUUCAUUACAUCAUUCAGAAACGGAAUUUUGUAAUACUAGUAAAAGGUUGAAAGGGGAUGGAGAGGUCUCUGCACAUGGUUUCUUGUCUACAGGUGUCGUUAUUUCCAUUUGUCUGUGUGUUUACGAGAGGGAGAGCGAACUCGAGGCCA